AUGAUGGAUGAAGAGAUUCGAAGAUCGGUUCCACCAGAAGACGACGGCGGAUUCCUCUUGACCAGCUGUCGACUCGUUAGCUUGAAUUUUGUUGUGACGAUGGUACCUCGCUCUGAUGAUGUCCGUUAUAUGACGGACGAAAACUUAGCAUCUUUUCACCGGAAUAGAAGGAGAUUACCUCGGAAACAGCGUCAGUAUGAAUCUUCAAAUAAAGCCAAUCGACAGCUGGUCAAGAGGAAUCGGCCGUCGUCUUCUGGUGAAACCGACCUUCGAAUCUCUUCACCCAACACUUUCACUCGAAAUGGAAGUAAGCUCAACAGAAGCAUAUUGUUGAAACAGGAAUAA